AUGGCACCCCAGCGAGACUAUUAUGCCGACUUGGGGCUGACUCCAACGGCAGACGUGGCGGAAAUCAAGAAGCAGUUCCGGAAGCUAGCUUUGAAAUACCAUCCUGAUCGCAAUCCUGGCCGAGAACAAGAAGUAAACUCACAGUUUCAGAUCAUCCAAGCUGCCCACGAAGUCCUCAGCGAUGCCGACGCCAAGGCCAAGUACGAUGCUGCCUUUAUGCGGUCUGCCAGUCGAUAUCCUGCGGCUUCUGGAGUGAGAGGAAAUCCAUGGCAGAAUGUUAGCCAGCAGUUUCCUGUGCCACCGCGGCGGAAUCCACCACGAACAACUCCUUCGGGGGCACAGAGAUGGAACGAGAGGUUCUCUGCCGGUGUGCCACCAACCGCUAAACAUCCACCAGCGGCAACGGCUGCUCGGGCUUUCGAAAGCAUGCGGAAAGGCGGUGCCAAAAGCGGACAGCAAGAUCGCCGUGCUCCUCCUCCACCGCCCCCUCCCCGAACCGAAUCUGCAAAAAAGAGGGCAGAAGCAUCUUUCGGCGCCAAGAGAACCGGCUACCAUCCUCGAUCAAACACUCCCGGCGAUGAGCCCCCAGUCACCAACAACAACUACUCCUCUCGUGUCAACACUGAACGGUCAGAGCCUGCGCCAGAGCCCGCACCAGACCCUAUGCCAGAGUCGGAGCCCGUACCAGAUAUUUUCGCCCAGUUCAGAGAAAAGAACCGUAGUGAAGAGAGCUUCCAUGACCCUCGACAGAGCUCUCCAUACACCAAGAGUGGAGGCGAGAAGAUUGAUCCUUUUGACAGCGUUCCAUUGAAUCGGGAAAAAAGCACCAACGGGCCACCUGAGCCAGCAGGUUCAACACCCAAGCGUCGCAGCUCCAGUAUGCCCCGGAAAGAAACCAGAGAUGGAGCCCAGAGAAGGCGAGAUGAGACGGGAAUGGAUGGAAGACCUCGUGUCGUCCCUGUUGCUCCAAGUUCCCGGCCUGCUGCAUCGUUCAAAGCUCGAGCAGAGGCCGCUACUGCUGCGGCUGCUACCGCACCAAAUGGCAAUAUAUUCACGGCAAACCAGACAGGCGAAGCUUCUGCAACUGACGAUGCAACCCAGUCAUCUUUCCAUCACACGCCUUUCAACAAACCUCAGACCCCGGUUAACGACCCUUCAAUGUAUGCAACGCCCCAAAAAGACAAGUCAUCCAGCCGCAAGAAGGAUUAUGCUACUAUCCCCAAAUUGAGUACACCACCAAAAAAUAAGAAUGCUGCCGAAGUUGGCACAGAGAAUACACCAAGUGUCCCGAGUGGAGCACAUAGUACACUUCACAGCCUCUCUCCUUUCGAGCAGAAACAGUACCGCAUCUUGGAAUGUCUGAUUACGAAUCGGGAUGCUCCUGUUUCGGCUUUGAAAACCAAACCACAUCAGACCACCCCUCACAACCAUAAGCCCCUUGAUGAAGAGAAAAUGAGCGCUAACGAGGAAUCACCAACUAGCUUCACAUUCAACCUAGACGAUGACGCAUUCGCCCCUGGCUCUCCGGGAACAUCUCGGUUUAGAAAGAGUAACAGCGCUGAUGGAAUCAACACGACUUUCGUCAAAGAUGAGUCUUCUGCUACUUGGCAAUUUAGUGCUGGGAGUGCAAAUUACGGUCCUAUUCCUCAGAGCCGGUCCCAAUCAACCAGUUUCGACGCAGAAAGUUGGAGUACCAAGUUUGGGCCUCAGACUUUUGUUCUUCGGCCUACCACUCCCAACUCAUCAACUUCACCCACGCGGAAGGGUCAGCAAAAGGGUCGGGAAACCACGAAGAAAAAUAGAACUACAAAGCCCUUGACUGGCAAUGCCGCCAUUGUGGAUGAUAGCAGCGAAGAUGACCUCUAUAAAUGGACCGGCCGCAAGACUGACCCCAAGCCUGCAAUGGUUGACAGUCCCCAGGCGAUGGAUAUUGACCCGCCAUCGAAUGCCUCCCCUUCGCGCUCUCGUAUUCCUACUCCGCCUCCUCUUGUCCCGACUGCUCCUACGGUGGCAUCAACUGCCGCUUCGGCUGCGGCUCCCUCUGUGAAUCCUCCUGCACCUCAGUCACGGUCCCAGUCUCAACCUCCAUCUCAGCCGCAUCCCGUGGUUGCCAGGAACAUUCCUGUUGAACCAUCGCGACCGGAAUGGCGACCCGGAAAUGUCACAGGCCUAGGCCAAAUGUAUGAGCAGCCUGAAGAAAGGAAGGAAAUCCCGGUUACCUUUAAGGGGUCUGAAGAUAGCGAAGAAUUUCGAGCGACAUUUGAGGACCUGAAGAAUGUGGCACCAUUUGCCCAGCCUAAGGCCGGACUUAAGUCGUUUACGGAACUGAAGGAUAAUUUGCCUUUUGAGAGCCAGGCAUCAGCCGAACUUCACAUCGAUGUUCCUCACGCUCAUCCGCUAGUGUUCCCCGAGGCCCCGAUCGCACCCAAGCUUCCGCCUACGGUUGCAGUUGAAGGUAUCAAGCCCAACGUUGCGUCGUGGACCAAAUACCUCGAGGAGUUUGAAAGCUACCUACGCCGCUGGGAUCUCUUUAACUCACAGGUGGUUGACCAUUUUGCAACGCGAAAAUCCAACAUUUCACAGGCAAGAGGAUCAAAAGGCUAUUCAUUUCUAGGUGCCCGAGGGGAUUCUGAUAUCCUAGAGUAUCACAACUGGCUGGAGCAGGAUAACGGAGUCCGCCAAAGGUGGCAGGCAGCUUGUGAAGAGCACGAACUGCGAUUUAGAGAAUUCAUGGCGUUCAGAGAGAAGAUGAAGUAA